UUGCUAGGCAACGCAACGAUACAACACAGACCGCUGGUAGUGUUUGUGUGCUGCAGUUCUCUUAAACUAAAUAAUUAAAAUUAGGUGCUAAAAUUAGUAAAUUAGUCAUUAUAAAGUGAAAUAUUGUGGAUUUUCUGUGCUGUGUUGUAGUUUGAGGUGUGGAGCGAGUUUUACAGUGAAUUCCUAAAAGGUUUAGUUCAGUGUAGAAGCUCAUCCAGUGCUGAUAAUUGUUUUUUUUUAUUAAUUUAAUUUUUAUUUUUUAGUUAGUUAAUCUAACUGUGAGGAACAUGUCGGACCUGGCUAAAGAGAAAGUUGCUCGGCUGCUGAAGAAGAGAGGGAGUGUAUCCUCUCUGGGGAGUCAUGAUGUCAGGAACAAGAACCUGCUGUUGAAAAACAAGGAUUCAAUCAGUACCGUGUCCUAUAUGGACGACCCUGGUCACCAUGACGAUGUCUCACGACCCGCAGUGCAGAUGGAGAACACCUAUCAGCUUGGCCCUAAAAAGCGCUUUCCUGUGCAAACAGUGAAGGAGAUUCUGAAGGACGUGCUGUCCAGCUACCUGCUAGAGGUGAAGUACGAGGCCGAGCUGUGCAGACAGAUGACCAAAACCAUAUCAGAGGUGGUGAAAGCUCGCGUGAAAGACAUGAUGAUCCCUCGCUACAAGAUCAUAGUGGUGAUCAGCAUCGGCCAGCUGACAGGACAGAACAUGCACGUGGGGAGCCGCUGUCUGUGGGACGCAACCAGCGACACCUUUUGCUCCAACAGCUUCAAAAACAGCUCACUGUUCGCCAUCGCUAACGUCUACGCCGUCUAUUUCGAAUGAGGGGGCAUGAAUGAGUGUUCUCUUUUAUUCAGAGUAUCAGUAUGAACAGAACGUCUUUAAGGGGAGGGAACGUUUUAAAUUGUCCAUCUUCAAUUGUCCCACAAGUUCUGUUUUAUGUAGCAAUAAAAAUAGUUGUUAUUUAUGCCCAAUCACAAUCUCUUUUUAUUAUUGCCAUAGAGUUUAGCUGCUUUUAGAACUGUGCCUUUAAGACUGUUAAGUUUGGACUUAACAUAACUUUUGGAUGUUUUAAUCUGCAACAAUUAACAAUUUAUUCCCAAAUAAAUUAUGAGAAAU